AUGGCUGAUAAUGGGGAAGGGGCCGACCUUCGGGACAAGCAAGGGCUAGGAGGCGAGCAGGACGAACUAAUUCAUGGUGGACAGGCAGCGAGAAAGGAUCAAGAGGGCAUGAUGAGAAGUUUUAGCACAUUUGACGGGAGAGAUAGACGGAGAGAGAUUUCGAAGAGUCGGGGAGACUUGAAGGAAAAAAUGACCCAAAUCGGUUGGCUGGGUGGAUCUCCUGCUCCAACCACGGCGGCUGGAUGGAACCAAGGUUGCUGGGCUCAAUCAAUGACACCAAAAGCACGAAAAAUCCAAAAAUCCGAAAAAAUUCGGUCGGCAAAAACUCAGGUCACGGGAUCUGGCCGGGCCCCGCAGUGGUCGCUGAGGUAA